AUGUCUUCUCUGAGAGUGCUGCUGGUGGGUGACAACCCGAACAUUGUGCUGUUUGCGUCGAGGUUUCAACUCGCUAACAGCGUGGAGCUGUUUCAUGUUGGGAAGUCCCCUUCAAACAGUUUCCAAGUGGAUACAGACAGUUAUGGCUCGGAGAAGUUCCAAUUGCAAAACCACUUCACCUCGCUGCAGGAGCUCGUCGACGAGUGUACACGCACCGACCGUGCGGGAAUCGCCAUGGAUCUCGUCGUGCUCAGCGCAUCGUCCCUCCAGGAGUUGUCCAACACGGCAAGCGAGCUUGAACCGCUUACGAACAGUAACACGAAGAUCUUCCUGGAGAGUAGCGGCAGUAUACAGCUAGAACCCUUCGUCAAACAGUUCAUUAAAGAAUCGAACGUUCUGAGUGUUGUGUCGGACUUCGAUAUUCGUGAAACUGCAACAAACACUUUCAAACAGUUCGGUGCGAAACAGGGGGACCACCCGAACAAGAUGUACCUCGGUGUCAGCACGAUGAUCUCACUGGCAACGUACCCGCAGAACAUUGUUAACUUGCUCAACACUUUCCAGAAACUGUUCAGCAAACUCUUCCCGGAACAGGUGAUCGAUCUAUGCAGUUACCACCCAAUUGAGUACUUGUCCAAACAGUGGGAAGUCGCGAUCCCAAGACUUUGCUUCGAUCCACUGCUUAUCAUUUUGGAGGAGACGCACCCAGCUGGGCUAGACCAACAAAUACUCGCAAAACCGCUGAUAUCAGGGCUAGUCGCUGAGGCUCUCAAGAUCGCUGCAAGCAUGGGUGUCAAAUUGGGACCCUCUUGGGACAACGAGGCCAGUCUGUUGAAGAAGUGGGCACAACAUAACGCAGACGAGGUCCCCUCGCUCCUGUACCAUUUCAUCCACAGAACAGCCUCACUGAACAUCGAUCUGCUGUGGUUGCAAGUAAUUCUCUUGGCGGACGACUACAACAUUAAGACGCCGUACAUGGAGUUCCUGUACUCGAUGAUCACACAGUUGCAAAAUAUAAACCAAGGUGCAUCCAAAUGGUUCGUUAGAAUCGAAGACCACAACGGACAGGCGACCGCAGAACAUACGGACAACUUGAAUAGGAAAAUCCAGGAAUUGUCAAACACACUCGUGGCAAAGGAUAACCAGUUGGAUACAUUGAAUAAUAACGUCACCGAAUUGCAAAAACAACUACAAUCGAACCAAAGGGAAACAGCAGAGACUGUCAAAAACUACCAGACACAAAUCAAUACUUUGAACGAAAAGCUGAAAACUUUGACAGUAGCUACAUCGGUGCACGACACUGCAGUUUCUAACACGAAUGUCGAUAAUUAUAAGCCUACAGGUACUCCGAACCUGAAUGAUCUGGAAGACGUGGCACUGUUCGGCGUCAAUUACGGUGAGUCCCCCUUGAAGAACAACUUGAAGGCACACGGCUCAGAAAUUAACGGCACAAGCUCCAAUGGGAGCGCCACGUCGCAGAACCUAAAUGCAAACAGCAGCGACUCGAACAACUCACAAAUUGACGACAUGGAUAAAUCCAUGCAGGAAAAGGAGCUCGAACUCAAGAGAAGAGAACUUGAACUGCAAGAGAGAGAAUUGGAGUUGCAAAGACGCGCCCUGCAAAACCAAUUCCAACAGCAACAGCAGCCAUACCCUCAACCUAGACAUCCCAAGAUGCCUCCGAUGAACGGCAAUAGUGCAACACCGCCCCCAUCAUCCCAACAACAACAACAACAACAAAUGGGGGGGAGGAAAUCUUCGUACAACCAAAUUUACCAACAGCCGUACGCACCAAACAUGCGCGGAAACAGGAACAUGCACGGUGCAACAAGCGCUCCCUCGUCGUCGAGCAACAACCUUAUAGACCCGAUGUCUUCUAGUAUGCCAUACAACAAUGGAUUCCAGGGCUCUCAGCAGCAACAGUCACAACAAAUGGCCCCAUACAACUCUGCAUCACAGCAAUAUCCGAUCAAACCAACGAGUAGGAAGAACAGAAGUAGCAAUAUGCCGAACUUCCGCAACCCAUCCACUUCGAACCUGGGUAACUUUGGGAUGCCCGGUGGGAAUGGCGCCAUGGGCAACGGAAUUGCGGGCAGCAUCCCCCCAUCGCUAAAUAGCCAGAGCAGGUUAAAUUCGCUGUCCAGUCAGAGUAUGCCUCUUGCAAACCGCAUCAGACAACGGCAGCCGCAGCAAUCCAGCUCGUUCAAUAACUUGCAUGCCGCAUCCAGAAACAAUCCAGGUAUACCAUCCAACCAAAACUUUGCCCAGCAACAGAGACAGCUAAGCAGCAACAGUGCAAGCGAUAUCCACCAAAUGGCCAAUAUGUCCACCAACACCGUGGUUCACAAUGACUUAGCAGCGGACCGUUUCACUCCCACUGGCCAGAAUAAUGACAGUGCCACGGUCACUACGAGACCGGAGGCGCGCCAACCGAUCCAGUUUGGCACCCCACCGAUCCCACAAGCGCCAAGCAAUGACAUAACCUCUUCGCCUGCCUCCAUGGAAACUACGGACACUAAAACAGAAGAGAAGAAGAAAAAGAAGAAGUUUGGCCUGUUCAAGAAAAAAAUAAGAAGUAGGUGA